UCUUAAUGAUCUACUUGAUGCCCAUUAGAUACAUUAUUGCUGGACGGCUACAAUGCAUCCAGUUUUCGUGGAUUAGUAUCAAGUCUGUUUUCUCGAACCGUCUGCUCACCAAAGUAACCUAUUUGGGAGAACUUCAAGACACAGAAAGCGUUACAAAAAAAUAUAUAGACUACAAGACAUCUGUGCUUGUUUUCUCUCUCUCGGUCGUUUGUACCAUUUAGGGCAGUGACCGGGGGUUUGCAGGAGCAAACUGCGUCUUUUCAUCCGAAAGUUCUAAUGAUUACGCAAGUGAAGGGAAUUGUCGGCACGAAUUGGACAACGGAUUGCUGUAACAGGGCCAACGGUGACUGUUUUUUUUUACCUCUACACACAGAGUCGACGAAUAAGUUGAAUUGUACUGCCAACAAUAAAGGUGGAAUUACCUAAAUCUGCAACAUGGCUGCUAGUGGGAAAAGUUUAGAGUACUGACGUGGGAGAAGUUUUAUACUAAUCCAGUACAGUACAGCAGGAAUUGUUGUAUAAAGUAAAUAUUUUUUCCCCCUUCGUCGCCUCGGUUUGAACAACGCACAUAAACACUGGGUUGCCCGAGUAAGAGCGGAUGAGUGCAAGACUACUUUCUUCUUCAAAUGAUUGUAGUCAUCACCAAGCAAUCGCGUCGACUUUAUCUUCAAAACAUUUUUCUUCUUCAUCUUAAAUAGUGCAUCUCUCGCCCAGUGUGGCCAUCUGAAAUCUAAAAUGCAUUUCUCCAUUCCCGAAACGGAGGUUCGUUCGGGAGAAAAUGGAUCAACUUAUGUGGCCUACAACAUCCAUGUGAACGGGGUUCUCCAUUGUCGGGUUCGCUACAGUCAGCUCCUGGGACUACACGAACAGAUAAAGAAGGAGCAUGGCAACAACUUGGUACCUGCUUUCCCCCCAAAGAAGAUCUUCACUCUGACACCGAAUGAUGUGGAGCAGAGACGUGAACAGUUGGAGAAAUACAUGCAAGCUGUGCGGCAGGAUCCCAUGCUCGGUGCCUCCGAGAUGUUCAACAGCUUUCUAAGAAAAGCCCAGCAGGAGACCCAGCAGAUCCCAACCGAAGAGGUUCCUCUGGAGAUCUACCUGUCUAACGGCCAGAAGGUCGAGGUCAACAUCCUGACCUCCGACCAAACAGAGGACGUCCUGGAGGCUGUUGCGUCAAAACUGGACCUUCCUGAUGAGCUGGUUGGUUAUUUCAGCCUCUUCCUGGUUCGAGAAGGAGUGGACGGGGGAUUAACGUUUGUGAGGAAGCUGCAGGAGUUUGAGUUACCGUACGUAUCAGUCACCAGCUUACGAAGCUCAGAGUUCCACAUCAUCCUGCGGAAAAGUUACUGGGACACGGCGUAUGACACUGAUGUCAUGGACAACCGAGUGGGACUAAAUCUACUAUACGCUCAGACGGUGUCGGACAUAGAUAGAGGCUGGAUCCUCGUUAACAAGGACCAGCACAGACAGCUGAAAUCACUGCAGGAGAAGGGAUCCAAGAAGGAAUUCAUUAGGCUCGGUCAGACGCUGAAAUACUUCGGCUACAUCAAGUUUGACCCGUGCGUGACAGACUUCCCGGAGAAGGGCUGUCACGUGAUCGUCUCCGCUGGCAACAACGAGCUUAACUUCCAGGUCAAGCUGCCCAAUGAACAGAUGAAGGAGGGGAGCUUCAAGGUCACGCGCAUGAGAUGCUGGAGGGUCACUUCGUCUCAGGUCCCGGUAGGGAACGGCUCAUCCUCCCCAACCCCGGGCCCCUGCUCCUCAGCCAAGUGUGAGGUGAAGUUGGAGCUGGCCUUCGAGUAUCUGAUGAGCAAAGAUCGUCUGCAGUGGGUCACCAUCACCAGCCCACAGGCAAUCAUGAUGAGCAUCUGUCUUCAGUCGAUGGUUGAUGAGCUGAUGGUGAAGAAGUCCGGAGGAAGCAUCAAGAAGAUGCUAAGGAAACGUCACAAUGGCCCCCUGCAUCGGUCUGAAAGUCAGCAAGCUGUGAAAUCCCCCCCUCUACUGGACUCUCCUGACCCAAACCGAGAACAGAUUGUCAAACUCUCAACUAAGCUGAGCUCUGUGUCUCUCAGAGGGAUCAGCGCCUCCAACUCAGCCAAUGACAUCAGCGGCAACGAUUUCCAUGGCAACUAUGCCUUCGAGGGGAUCGGGGAUGAUGACCUGUAAUAUUCACCCCUUCCCCACCCUCCACCUGUCGAAUGCAAUCUGCAAAGUUUCCAAGCUGAGCCGAGCGGAUUCUGUAAGAUUGUAGCCCUUCUGGGAGUCUGCUGCCUGCCUUAAGAUCAGUCUUGUCGUAUCAGCUUCACAAAGACUGCCAGCUAUCUUAUGUGUUUCAGGUACAGGAUGACUGACUACCCACUGUCCUCCUGUUUUACAAUCCUACAAUCCCCCCGUAUUCAACUUAAUAAAAUAUCAAGAACAAAUAGAACUAAAAUUACAGUCUGCAGUCUAAUUGACAUUGAAAUUACUAAAACCAAGUGGAAGCUGUGUAUCAGGGAUAAUGAGCCUACGUCUAUAGUCUCUUCUCUCUGUCCAGCUUGAUAAGUCAUUUAUAGUCUCUUCUCUCUGUCCAGCUAGCUGACAGUCAUCUAUAGUCUCUUCUCUCUGUCCAGCUAGCUGACAGUCAUCUAUAGUCUCUUCUCUCU